AUUUCUUUUUUUUCUCAUCAGGUGUAAGGAAGGAACGGGCAGCACUUGGAGCUAUAUUAUUCUUGCUGGCAUUUCUGUAUGCCUUUUGGCGUAUGGGAAUUCACUUUCCAAUGCCAUCACCUGAUAAGGGUUUCUUCACUAUGCCUCAACUGGUCAGUAGAAUUGGGGUGAUUGGUGUUACAGUUAUGGCUGUUCUAUCUGGUUUUGGUGCUGUGAACUUACCCUACAGUUAUUUAUCUCUUUUCAUCAGAGAGAUUGAGGAAGCAGAGAUUAAAGGCUUGGAGAGACAACUGAUGCAGUCAAUUGAGACUUGUAUUUCAAAGAAGAAAAAAAUUAUACUUUGUCAAAUGGAGAUGGAGAACAGCCAGGGACCUGAGGAGAAGUUAAAUGCCAGAUCUUUUGUUAAACGUAUAGUUGGCACCGUCAUUCGAUCUGUGCAGGAGGACCAAAAGGAGCAAGAUAUCAAAGGCAUGGAAGCAGAGGUACAAGCUUUGGAGGAGCUUUCAAAGCAAUUGUUCUUGGAGAUUUAUGAGCUUCGCCAAGCGAAGGAAGCUGCUGCUUAUUCUCGAACUUGGAGGGGGCACAUGCAGAAUCUACUUGGUUAUGUUUGUUCCAUCUAUUGUGUGUAUAAAAUGAUCAAGUCAUUGCAAAGUGUUGUUUUCAAACAGGAUGGUUCUGUUGAUCCUGUAACAAGGACAAUUAGUAUUUUCUUACAGUUCUUUGACAUUGGAAUCAAUGCUGCCUUAUUAUCACAGGUUAGAGUCCUGUUGCAUGCCAUACUUUGUAGUUUUUCUGGCAUCAGUAAGUGGUCUUCUUCUCAAUCUGACUCUGACACCUAAUGCAUGAUUACAUUA